AUGUACUAAGUAAGUAUAGAUAAAUCUUUAGAAACACCAAGUUUACAAGAACCUAAUAAGUUAAAAGUAAUAAAGAAUUAUUGUGAACUAUAAGAUUCCAAUGCAGUUAUUACAAUUAAAACAAAAGGGAAUAAAUUUAUCUUGUCCAAACUAUACCCAUAUUACUACAUCAAGCAUAAUUCAUUAUUGCUUGAAUACAUCAGUGAGCAUGAGAUAAAAUCAUUUUUAGAUGAUUUGAACAGAAUAAUUGCAAAUAAUUGGCCACCAAAAAAAUUAAUACUUUUAUCAUACUUACUCAUCCCUUUAUCCUGCGGGUUUUCUUUAUUGUGUCCAUAUUAUUGCUUCAAUAAUGCAGAAAGAUUUGUGGCAUGGAAAAUUGAGGAGUACAAUAUAAAAUGGGAGGAUAAAGGUUUAAAAUUGAAAUGGCAAGAUGAAAUGAUAUAAAUUCAUUUAUACAAUAAAAGAGGAAAACCUGAUUAUGAUGAUUAUCAUGAUAUAGAUGUAAUUAUAUCAUGA